AUUUUACCGCGAUAUCCUCGAGCGCCCUACGCUCGGAACUUGCGCUUCUUGAGCGAGCGCCCUACGCUCGGAACUUGCGCUUCUUGAGCGAGCGCUCGACGACGUUGGCGGCAGUAAUCGUCUCGGCGUUGCGUCCUUUCCACUGGAUAAAGUCCUUGGCGUCGCGGGUGCCGGCGUCGAAGAGCUUCUUCUCAUCCUGGGUGAGUUUACGCGUGAACUCGGUCGUGUCCUCGUCCAGCGAGCUCAUGGCGUUGUUUAGGAGGUCACGGUAGCGCUCACCGCCGAAGCAGAGGCGCAGGAUCUCGCCGAUCUCGCGCUGCUCCUCGUCCGUCACAUAAGGCAGAAGCUGUCGCCCCACGUCCAUCACAUAGCUUGAAAACUCGCGAAGGUUCACGGACGACGGACCGGCCUUGAGCAUACGGCGGAAGCGCUUGGUUAGGUAGUGUGGUGGCUCAACUACUACGUCUCCGCGCUUUGCCAGCGGUCGAGCCAGCCACAGCGGUAGCUCUACUACAGCGCCUUCCGACAAAUCGGGCUCACGGCAGCUCGGAUCCAGAUACCCGCAGUCCAGCGCAUCGGUCUCGAACUUGCACUUGAUGCGCUCGUCCUCCGCCAAGAUGGCGUCGAUGUCCAGGUACCCUCCGUUCAUCUGGUGGAGGCGAUCUAGGCGCCAAAAUUAGAAUGAUCAGAUUAGCUUGUUCGAAACUAGAUUCAAGACGACGCUCUAAAUUACGAUGUUCAUCAAGGUGUUCUAGAUUAAAUCCACCAAUCGAAGACGCCGACCAUGUAGCCAUUUCUAGGAUCGCUUUUGACAGUCGCCAUGUCGGACGAGCAUCAAGUCGAGGAGAAGCUGCACGAACUGAUCCGAUCCUGGGGAGUGUCUACGUUCAGCGAGCGGAUAGCUCUGCAGUGGAUCAAGAGGUUCCUGGGCAGCGACUCAGGUCACGACGCCUUCCUUCGUCUAGGCAAGUGGAUCGUGCUUCAGCUCAACCAGCGGCGGAUUCCCCACGACUGUUCAUCAUGGCAGGUGGGGUGUCCAGAGUUGAUUCCUCUGCUUCGUUCGACGCCCGUGUGGGACUGCAGCGAGUUUCCGUGGAUACAGACACUAGAGAGCAACUUCGCGGUCAUUAAAGAGGAGCUUUUAGCGCUUAAGAACAACGCCAAGUCGGCCUUCCAGCCGUACCGUGCGCCGUCCUGGGCUAGCGACAUCGACACGAAGGACGGACUGGGCAGUGCUGGGCACGACGCGGGGGACUGGAACGUGCUCUAUUUGUUCCUGCACAACGUAAACUUCCAAGCGAAUCGACAGAUGUGUCCGAAGAUUGCUGCCAUUAUUGAGUCCAUCGAUGGACACUACGAUCACGCUUUUUACUCUGCAUUGGCGCCGCGUACACACAUCAAGAAGCACCACGGUCCUACCAACAAAAAGCUUCGCUGCCAUCUGCCACUGGUGGUUCCUGAAGGCAAGUGCCGCCUUCGAGUAGGUGACGAAGUGGUGUACAUGCAAGAAGGAAAGUGCUUCGUGUUUGACGACUCGUUCGAGCACGAAGCGUGGAAUGACGACGACACUCGCAGUCGAAUCGUUCUUAUUAUCGACGUGUGGCAUCCCGAUCUCAGUGUUCAGGAGAGGAAGUUCCUCUCUUUCCUGCGUAACGCGCAAUUGCGUAUGGACAAGACCAGGUGCCAGGACUCUGGCGACAAUUUCUAUUCCAUCAUCAAAAAGGCUGGAGAGGCCAAUACCUCUACUCACGAAGCCGUGUGGAGUUAACUCUAAAUAAUCCAUCGUCAAAAUCCCAGCUCUAUCCACAAUUCAAACAAUUACAGAUAUACAACUCGUUCUCUGGUCAGCGAUCGACCGGAUCACUCCGACUCCGUGUCCGAAUCAUCAUCGUCAAUUAUUCUAAAGGACACUGCCUUCGCCUUGGAGUUCACAAUGAUUGCUCUCUUCGUUGUCGCUUUCACUUCAGCCCUCACAGCCGGUUGUUUGACUUCGUCAUCAUCACUACAUGUAGAGUUUAGAGCGGCAACGAUUCUCCUUUGCUUCUCCCAGCGACGUCGAGCGUUCUGCACCAUCGUGACUGCUUCAAUAUCGUCUUCUUUCUCCUCCUCUUCACCCUCCUUGUUCUCUUCACUCGAAGAACUAUCGAUCACAACGACGUCAUUCGUGGGCACCGCACUGGCAGAAGAAGAGCGUUGCUCGGGUUCUUCUUCAAACGUAACAACCCGUCUUACUUGCGGACGUGGACGCGUAGUAGUUAUCGUUGGUGUAGAUAGCUGCGUAUUUGCUGUCGAAACCGCGCCCCCGCAGGUUCCUCGGUUAGGCAUGACAUGAAUUGCUUGACGAAUCACCUUCUUGUGAUCAUCCUCCACGAAAAAUCGCACUUGACCAGGCUCCCCGACAAUAUAUUCUUCCAGCAGAC